CAAAGGGCUAACUGUACUUGUUGAGUGAAGUAAUAUAGUACUUCAUUAGUUUAAGAAGUUAAAUUAAUAUAAAUUAAUGAGCUAGUUUCUUGAUUGCUUAGCAUGUCAAUUAUCUGAUUUCCCAAAGUGAAAUGAUUUCCGUCAAGAAUUUUUUCUCUGGUAGUAACCUGCCCACUUCUUCCAAGAAGUCGUUGAUCAAUGAAGAAUUCUGUGGCUAGCAGUUUUGGGAAAAUGAGGUUUUCUGAGGUAGGCGUGUGGUUUGGGGGUGGCAGGGCCCCUGGAAUGGGAUGGUCUGGACACCUAACUUCCUAUCUUGCCUGGUCUCCAGCGUGAGGUGUGAUCUCUGACAGUGUGGUCCUCAGGAUCUUCAGGAGACCCUGGGUUUCUGAGAGGGCUAAUGUAUUGUACCUCUGCCAGGCAGUCCUAGGACCUGCAGUGAGGAGGCAUGGAUGGAAGAGUCCUGAAGGAUGCCAAUGCUGCGCUGCUCAGUAACUAUGAGGUGUUCCAGUUACUAACUGAUUUGAAAGAGCAGCGUAAAGAAAGUGGAAAGAAUAAACACAGUUCUGGGCAACAGAACUUGAAUACUAUCACAUAUGAAACAUUAAAAUACAUAUCAAAAACACCAUGCAAACACCAGAGUCCUGAGAUUGUGAGAGAAUUUCUGACAGCAAUGAAAAGCCACAAGUUGACCAAAGCUGAAAAGCUUCAGCUGCUGAAUCACAGGCCUGUGACUGCUGUUGAGAUCCAGCUGAUGGUGGAGGAGAGUGAGGAACGGCUGACAGAGGAGCAGAUUGAAGCUCUGCUCCACACCGUCACAAGCAUCCUCCCCGCGGGGCCAGAGGCCGAGCAGCAGCAGAAUGCCAGCGACGACGUGGCGAUGGACGAGGAGGACCCUGCGUAGAAGAGCACAGCUGGCCCGAGUGUCUCCUGAAGUUGAAGGCCCAGCAGCCGUUUCCCAGACAUUCAAAGAAUUGUUUAUUUGAUUUUACCGUCUAUCCCAACAGGCCUGAUUUCCCGGUUAGUUGGGUAAACCACAAAAAUAAUCUUAAAAGAAAUCCUUGUGCCUCUGUGAGAACAAACAUGGUGGACUGGCUGAGAUUGUCAGGGCAGAGAGCUGAAAAGAGGAAGAGUGAGUCAAAAAGGACAGUGACUGUGGAACUCUCAGUGGUAAAAAUAUUUCUUCUGUGGCCUUUGCCAUGGUUGUGGGAAGGUCUCUGUACACAGCUGGUAAAAUACUUGCCUUGGCUUUGAUGGGCUGUAUCCUAAUUAAUUUCAUCUGCUUCCCUUGGAGCUUCCCAAGCAGGGAUGCAGAGCACUGCUGGAGUGAGAGCUGACUUAGGAGAAUCCUGUUAGAUGGCUGGAAACUCGUGAAGCAGCAAAUAGUUGCUCUAAGUUAAAGUGAGCCACUGAACUUGGCUCACCUUAGAGGAAUCUUUUCCUUAAGAACAAUAGAUAUAAGAAAAGACUGGCCUAGGAACUUGGCGGUCCAGUGGCUUAAGACUCCACAUUCCCAAUGUAUGGGACCCAGGUUCCAUCCCUGGUCAGGGAACUAGAUCCCACAUGCUGCAACUCAGAAAAAAAAAAAAAAGAUUCCUGCAUGCUACAACGAAGAUCGAAGAUACCAUGUCCAAGUAAAUAUUUUAAAAAUAACUAAAUAAAAGAACGGGCUGGACAGCUCUUCAUCAGGUCUAAAGGCCCCUUUCCUCUACUGGCAUGGGCUUUGUUUAGCAGUUUCCCUAGUUAGUCUUCGAUGUUAGGACACCAGCUCACUGCAGGUGAAAAGAGGCACUCCAGUGUUCUUGCCUGGAGAAUCCCAGGGACAGAGGAGCCUGGUGGGCUGCUGUCUAUGGGGUCACACAGAGUCGGACACGACUGAAGCAACGUAGCAGCAGCAGCAGCAGAAGACUGAAUGGCCGCGUGUCACCUGCCUUUCUGAACACCUUCAGGUUUCUGCCUUGUGACAGGUGCAGCCUGUUGCAGCCAUGUGAGCCUCAUUUGCACAGGGGGCAAAUGGUUUGCAUCUUUGAGAAAGGGCAGUUCUCUGGCAGUCCAGUGGUUAAGAUUCAGUGCUUUCAUUGCGGGGGGUGUCGGUUUCAUCCGUAGUAAGGACUGAGAUCCCACGGGCUGCAAGCUGUGGCGCCACCCCCUCCCCCAAACAGAAGAAACCCUAAAUAAAGAGGGCACAAUUACGUAGCUCUUUUUGUGGAUGGAGUAUGAAGAACUAGAGGCUGAUUUUAAGAAGGGUUUGAAUUUGUUGACUGUUACAUUAGUUUUUUAAAUUGAAAAUAAUAGAAUAAUUACCAUGCAAGGAACUUGUUAAUAUUCAGGCUUUGGAGAGUUUAGUAGCCCCAGAUAUAUGGUUGCCUUAGAUCCUAGGAGUAUUGUUUAAAAUUAAUUCCCCGUAUUCACUCUGCUCUCUAUUUGGAGAAGAAAAUGCCCAUAGAUAUUUUUCAAAUUGGUACUCAUUUUGUUGUAAGAUCACAUAUUUUCAAUGCUUCUGUUAAUUGGAUUACUUCCCACCUCUUAUAAGUCCCAGGUUAUUUCAGCCCCCCCAGUAGGCAGUUAUGUUUACCUUAACCUCAUCAUCUAAGGAUCAGUUGAGAUCUGCUUACGGGCAACAUUGAAAUUAACAGGACAUUUAUUUUUAAAUCUCUCUUGAAUAUCAGGAAUUUUACCAGGAGCUGUUGCUUUGUUAAGGCGUACAGGUGCUUAUGUCCUUGUUUCAUUUUGACCUUGAGUGCAUUUGAUACUUUUUCUGCAUGGAUUUAGGGUUUAAUUAGUUAAUAAAUGGUUUCCAGAUGACUACCAACUUACACUAUUUUAAAAAAUCUUAGAAGAGUUUAUUUUACCGUGGGUAGUAAGAAGUAAAAUGAAAUCUGACUUAAAAAAUAAUACAUACACGUAUUAAUUUUGUUUUUUUCCUUGAGUCUAUUUAGAUCUAAGUUUUGUGUUGGAUUUCAAGAAAAUUUUAAGUUUCUUUAUUUGGGACCUGAAUUUAGCCUCUGAUUAGGUCAAACAGGAUCUAGAAGAUUGAACCUUCAUAAGAAAUAUGGACUGUGUAAUUUUCCUAUUGCGUUAAUAACAACAUUUUAGAAAUAAAAAUUUACACAAGAAA